UAUUGUACAAUAGGGUUGAGGGGUGACUAACGUGUUUAUUGUUGUCGGAGUAAUGUUGAACCGUGAAAGCGUGAGUCCGGUGGGGCGGAGGGACGCUACAAUGUAACGUCUGAACGUCCAGAACAAAGGCAGGACUUGCUUACGUUUGAAUCUACAACUGCGAGGGAACGGCAUGUAAACAAUGUCAACUCGAAGAACUUGGUAGUUGAUCAGCGUCUGACAGUUAUGAAGUAGUUGUUAGCCUGUUCUAAGGUUCGCAGGAUCUUUGAGUAUAGACGCCAUGUUCUCUACAACUUUGAAAGGACGCCAGAGCCUUGGCUCCCGACCGCUCCUGAUUAUAGUGUUCUUCCUCGGGUAUUUCGGGGAUGUGUCGUGCCAGAGGUUCGUGGAUAAAGGCGGGUAUCUGCUGUGGAACGCCGACAGGAACAUCCUGGACAGAGCCGAGGACAGGCUGGAGUUCAGCUUCCGCUACUGUAACAACAAGGGACUGCUCAUUUAUCAACAGGGGGAGGGAGGGAACUACUUCGCGUUAGGAGUGACGGAGGGGAGACUGUACAUCGAAGCGUCCAUAGAUAACAGGGUACUGGAGGUGUUUAUCGGUGAGUCGACCCAGGACGUUGUCCUGAAGAACCAGACUCACGAGGUGAUCAUCACGGGUCUGCGCGCGCUGGACUCCGGCAUGAGGAUCACCAUUAACGGCACGGAGUACCCGCCCCAGCUGCUCACGGUCGUGUCCGUGCAGCUCAGCUUCUCCAGCCCCGCCAUGAGGGGACAGACGCUGGUGGGAGGCUACAAGAACAUCUUCGAUCUCAGGCUGAAUACCCAGCGUCUGAAAGCCUAUCCUAUCGCCUGUAUCUUCUACAUCCGUACCGGGGAGGGGGAUAACCUCGGUCCCGUCAGUCUGACCUCGGCAGACGAGUCCCUGGGCGUCUCGGACACCUGUGACGUCUGCCCACAACCGUCCACCGUAUCCAUGACAACGCUGACGUCAUACAUAGAGAUGCAGAUCGACAAAACACCGACCACCAGCACCGUCAUCAAUUUCAAGUUCAGAACAAAAGCGUCGAACGGUUUGUUGCUGUAUUUUGGAGGACCGGCGUAUCUCGCAGUCUACUUGAGAAACGGUGCCCUUGUACUGAGGCUGAACACGAAGGGAAGCGGAGUGGACGCGGUUCGGGAGUCGACCCGCGCGGCUCCGUUUAACGACGGGGAGUGGCAGGAGAUCACCAUCCGUCGGGAGAACAACGUCGCCACCAUGUACAGUCUGGCCGGGGACGUGCUGGCAAGGGUGGAGUUCGUCGGUGAGAGUUCCGACACCGCCCACGUGCUGAACGCCGAGACGCUGUUUAUCGGCGGGGUGGCCGACCCGCGCGGCCUGCCGUCCGACAUGAGGACGUCGUUCCGAGGCUGUGUGGACGACCUGCGCUUCAGCGUGCAGGAGGACUCACUCCUGCCGUACGAGUUCCAGAGACAGAACAUAAGAUUCAGGGAUAUUGAGUUCAGCUGCAUGUCGAACCAGACGUGCAGGUCGUACCCGUGCCGGCUGGGCCGCGGGGAGGCGUGUGACGUCGGGGUGUGUGAGUGCGCGGAGGGAUACAGAACCACGAACACCGACCCUCUGACGUGCGAGAACAUCGACGAGUGCGCGGAGCUGGACCCGUGUCAGAACGGCGCCACCUGUACGGACCUGAUCGCCGACUACAACUGCUCCUGUACCGACCCGUACAAAGGUAAGAACUGCACGGUGGACAGGAACUGUUACUACUUCCCGUGCGCUAACGGCGGCAGCUGCCUGGAGCUGGACACGGCGUCGCGGAACGAGAGCGGCCGGAACUGUUCGUGCGCGCACGGCUUCACGGCAGACGACUGCAGCGUCAGGGACUACUGCGCCGACAACCCGUGCGGCGUCGGCGUCUGUAACAACUACCUGUUCGGCUACAACUGUACAUGUCCGGAUGAUCCCGACGAGAUUGUCAAGGACCGUCAGAACUGCGGACCUCUGGCGGUGAGCAGUCCUAUCCAGAUCUCACCCGCCGCCCUCAUCAUCGUGCUCUUCGGCGUGGCCAUUCUCAUGGUGGUGCUGAUAGUGUUCCUGGCGUUCCGCCGCUCGUACCUGAAGAGAAAGCGGGAAGCCCUGCUGGACUACCCCAAAUCUCGCGUGUACGAGGAGUCUCGCGAGAACGUGGUGGAGUACGGGGAGGAGGGGUACGGCGAGGAGGACCAGGACACGUUCGACGUCAACGUCAUCCAGUCCGCGGGAGACACGCUCAAACACCGCAAGAGGUUCCCGGUGCUGUCACCAGAGGACGCUGUUGAGGUGGCAGACUUCAUCAACAGCCGACUAAGCGACGCCAACGUCGACACGAACGCCGGCGCCAGGGACCAGAAGAUGUCGUUCGCGGUGGAGGGCCGCGGGACGCCGGCGACUUCCCUCAGCUCACUCAACUCCAGCAGCACGGAGGAAAGGCAGAGCUAUGACUACCUACAACGCUGGGGACCCAGGUUCUCCAGGCUGUCGGAUAUGUUUAACGACGGGGAGAGCGAUAGCGACUAGACGUGUUGUAUCCUGAACCAUCCAUGCUCAGGCACAGUUAUACUCCACGCGUAUCCAGAACCGUUGCAGCCUAGGGAAAAUCUACGUUCUUGGAUAAGCAGAGAUUAUCCAUAACCAGGAUGCCUGAUCCUAACCCAUUCAGCAUAGAGCUAGAUAGACAC